AUGCCUCCUAAUCUUAAACCUAAUCUCCCUGCUGAUCUCGUUCUUGAUGCCGAACAACUAAUGGCAUUUGAAGAAAUGGGCGGACGAGAUGCAAUAACUUUCAAUCGUCUUGGGGAUAAUCAAAGUAGACUUGCUUAUAUCCAAGCACUCGUCAAUAAGAAAAAGAAUGGAAUGGAAAAAUCGGAAUUUGAAUUUCAGGCUAUAUAUUUCGUAACCUAUCUUUGUUUAACUGUUCUUAAAGAUCAGAAAAAUAAAAUCUUACCUUAUUAUUAUGAAGAAGAUGAAUAUGAACGGUUGAAUGAAUGGUUGAAAGAACGAUCGGUAAUAUGGACAGGUCGGUCCGUGGGUCAAAAUACAAAUGAGUGGUCAAAUGAACCGACACUUCGAGAUGAAAAUGAUAAGAAGCUCAAUCCUAAAGAAGAAAUAGAAUCCUUUUUUACAAUUGAACAAAUCGUGUAUCAUUUUCUUUGA